AUGAGAAAUUUAUCGGUGUAUCUCGUACUGCUUUGGUACUACGCAUUUUCGGUAAGUGAUGGGUUGACCGAUAAGAAAAUAUUUCGGCCAUCAGCUACCGAACUCAGCAAUCCAAAAGUCUAUCCCCAACGAUCAAUCUAUGGAAUCAAAGCAAUUCAACCGGAUCAGUGGAAAGUUGAAGAUAUUGCAGGCAAUGGAGCAGGUGGCAUUGCGAUCAAUACUCCUUGGGCCGAUUUUCAACCACAAGAAAAACGCAUACCAUGCUCGAACAAUGAAAUCGCCUACGAUGGCUAUUGUUUUAUACCGGCGCGUGAUAGUCCAAUAAAAACAUAUACAGAUCGACAAUUAAUGAUCACUGCUGUACUAAUCAUUCCACCAGCAUGGGCCCGUCAACGUAAUACUGAUUGUAAACAGGCAAAUCAGGCGUUUUGCGCACCUGACAAUGCUGCAGCUUUCGGUCGAUUUGCUGGCUUCCUUGCAUGGCAUUACAAUGGUCAAAAUGGCAAGGGACGCAUAACAGAAUUUGUGAUUAUGAAUGAAGUCAAUGCAGCUGAAUGGUACAAUAUCGGAUGUGGUAAUGGUAAACCAUGUAACAUUGAUGCAUGGGUUCAACACUAUGCUCAAGUUUAUAUUGCUGCUUAUGAUCAGAUUCGUCGUGAACAACCUCAAGCACCUGUUCUUGUUUCCCUUGAACAUCAUUUUGAUACAAUUUUUGAUCAGUAUGCUUCGGCGACUAAUCCAUUCAUGUCUGGUCGAACAUUUAUCACUAAACUAGUACCCAAAUUAGGGAAUCGGCAAUGGGCUCUAGCUUAUCAUCCAUAUCCACCCAGUCUUCUUCGUGCUGAAUUUGGUCCGAACGAUUGGCCGAAAAUUACAUUUGGUAACAUCAAUCGACUUGUCGGAUGGUUGAUGCAAAGUUUUCCGAAUACUUCAUCCGCACAUAAAGUUUAUUUGACAGAAAAUGGCAUUAAUUCUAUAGCACCUAAUUCAGAUCAGAAUAAACAACACGAUCAAUUGUGUGCUGCCUUUGAAAUAAUGUUAGCUACGCCAAAUGUCGACUUAUUCGUUUAUCAUCGUAUGAAAGAUCAUAUUGUUGAAAUACAGCAAGGACUUGGCUUAGGUUUGGUUGACACAAAUGGAAACUACAAGCGAGCAUGGUCACUGUGGGCAAUGGUCAAUCGUUUCGAUGUGUCACCAUCAAAAUUAUCAUGUGGCUUCCAAAACUUACCCUAUGUUGUUCUGAAACGAGCGCGUCAUCAAACUAAUGGUCACAUUUCAACAACACGACCACUACCCGCUGGAUACACAAUUGAACAAACAUGGAAAUUGUUUCGUGAACCCCAACCAAAUACUAAACUGAUCUUUGAAUGCCAACGCAAAACUGACCAACGACGUUUUCCAUCUGUAAAUCAACAUUGUGAAAAUCAAGAUGCCCUAGGACCAUUGGGUUAUAUCUAUACAAACGACCAGACUAGUGUUAAAACAGUGGCCAUUUAUCGAUGUCGAUUAGGUUCUGACUACUUUGUUUCAUCAAAUGCAAAUUGUGAGCAAGCUACAAACGAAGGUCUUCUUGGUUAUGCUGUGGUUUAA